AUGCCGGUCAUGCGCGGACUCAUCGCGCCGCAGAACACCUUCCUGGACACGAUCGCCACGCGCUUCGACGGGACCCACAGUAACUUCGUGCUGGGGAACGCGCAGGUGCAGAGUCUCUACCCCAUCGUCUACUGCUCCGACGGCUUCUGCGAGCUCACCGGCUUCGCUCGCGGGGAGCUCAUGCAGAAAAGUUGCAUGUGUCACUUCCUGUACGGCGGCGAGACCAGCGAAAACCUGACCUCCCAGAUGCAGAAAGCCCUGGACGAACGAAAAGAGUUUAAGACCGAGAUCAUUCUGUACAAAAAGAGCGGUUGUAAGUUCUGGUGCCUCUUGGACAUCGUUCCCAUCAAAAACGAGAAGAGCGAGGUGGUGCUGUUCCUCGUCUCGCACAAAGACAUCACCGAAAACAAAACCGAGGACCACGCCAACGAAUCGGAGACGGACGAGGAGACGGGUCUUCAGAUCCACCGCGUCACUCGUCCGACGGGCUUCAGCGCGGAGAGACGCAGGAGUCGAGCCGUUCUGUACCAACUGUCAGGACACCUCCAGAAACAAGAGAAGAACAAGAGCAAACUCAAGAUCAACAACAGCGUCCUGACGGCGAACGCCAACCCCGUCCCGGAGUAUAAAGUGGCCGACGUGCAGAAGUCCCGUCUCAUUCUUUUACAUUACGGUGCGUUCAAGGCCGGCUGGGACUGGCUCAUCCUCCUCGCCACUUUCUACGUGGCCAUCACCGUCCCGUACAACGUCUGCUUCACCGCCGUCGAGAUCCGCGAGGACGGGGUCGCUUCGGCUCGAAACCCGCCCACCGUCAGCGACAUCCUGGUGGAAAUCCUCUUCAUAAUCGACAUCGCGUUGAAUUUCCGUACGACUUUCGUGAGCACGUCGGGGCAGGUGGUGUACGACGCUCGCUCCAUCUGCGUCCACUACGUCACGUCCUGGCUCUUCGUCGACCUCAUCGCCGCUCUGCCCUUUGACCUCCUCUAUGCCUUCAACAUCAGUGUGAACUUCGGGGUGCACUUGCUGAAAACGGUGCGUCUGCUGCGUUUGCUGCGUCUGCUGCAGAAGUUGGACCGUUACUCUCAGUACAGCGCCGUGGUCCUGACGCUGCUCAUGUCCACCUUCGCCCUCCUCGCCCACUGGAUGGCCUGCGUCUGGUACUUCAUCGGACGCAGCGAGAUCGAGAGCAACAGCGCCUCCUCCUGGGACAUCGGAUGGCUUCACGAACUGGCCAAACGGUUGGGAACGCCGUACUUCCUGACGCCGCUCGGCUCCCUGCUCGGAAUCUCAGACCCAGAGCCCACCAUGGCAGCGUCCGUGUCCAACAGCAGCCAGUGGAACUCGUCGGGUCUGGCUCCUCCGGUCCGGUCCCGCGCUCGGCCUCUGGGCUCUGGGAUGAGUCUGAGCGGGGGUCCGUCCGUGCGCAGCUCUUACGUCACGUCCUUGUACUUCGCCCUGAGCAGUUUGACCAGCGUCGGGUUCGGGAACGUCUCGGCCAACACCGACUCGGAGAAGAUCUUUUCCAUAUGCACCAUGUUAAUUGGAGCCCUGAUGCACGCCGUGGUGUUCGGGAACGUGACGGCGAUCAUUCAGAGGAUGUACUCUCGCCGCUCUCUGUACCACACCAGGACCAAGGACCUGAAGGACUUCAUCCGAGUCCACCGUCUGCCCACGGCCCUGGAGCAGCGCGUCAUGGAGUGUUUCCAGACCACCUGGGCGGUCAACAACGGCAUCGACGUCAGCGAGUUGCUGAAGGAUUUCCCGGACGAGCUGCGCGCCGACAUCGCCAUGCACCUGAACAAAGAGCUGCUGCAGUUGCCGCUGUUCGAGUCGGCCAGCAGGGGGUGUCUGCGCUCCCUCUCCCUCAUCAUCAAGACGUCGUUCUGCGCUCCCGGAGAGUUCCUGAUCCGACAGGGCGACGCGCUCCAGGCCAUUUACUUCGUCUGCUCCGGCUCCAUGGAGGUGCUCAAGGACAACACGGUGCUCGCCAUCCUCGGUCGGGGUGAUCUGAUCGGCUCCGACUGCCUGACCCAGGACGAGGUGAUAAAGACGAACGCGUGCGUGAAGGCCCUGACCUACUGCGACCUGCAGUACAUCGGUCUGCGGGGGCUCUCCGAGGUGCUCGCGCUCUACCCCGACUACGCCCAGAGGUUUGUCAGCGAGAUCAGGCACGACCUCACCUACAACCUCCGCCAAGGACGCAGCGGACAGGACGAUUUCGAAAGCAACGGGGGCAUCGCCAAAAAGCUGGCGUCGAUCCGGGAGGACGAGGAGGGCUCCAGCUCCGAGGGAUCUCCCAGAAUGCCUUCGGGCAGGACGUCCCACGGUCUGCGCUCCCCCCUCCGCUCGCCCCUCCUCCCCCCGCGAGCCUUCAGACCCCCCGCCGACCCGAGCGCCCGACCCGUCACCCUGCAGAUCCCUGUGGUCAGCCUGUCCUGCCCCCAGACGCAGCUCAGCACACGGUUUGUGGACGGAGGUGAAAACCAGAACUCGUCCAGAUAUGAUUUUUCUCCGAGCGCGAGUCACAGUUUUCCUCCCAGUCCAGACGCAACGUCUCCAGUGGAUCCUGAGGCGGCGGACGCCAUGAGAACAAUAUCCAAACUCAAACAUGAGAUGAGCGCUUUGUCCCGUCAGGUGACCAGCGUCAGUCAGGAACUACAGGAAGUGACACGCCUCCUCAAGCCCCUCCUCCUCAGCCCUUACACGGCGCUGACCACGCCCCUCACCAACAUAACCCCGCCCCCGAGCCACCAGUCGUCCCACAGCGUCUCGCCGGCGCCGGACUUCCCGUCUGCGCACGCCGCCGCCACGGACUCGACCAAAGACUCGACGUCCGACCUCCAAAACCCAAACCUAACCCGACAUUUCUCACACGAUCUCCUCAUUUCUCCGAGCAGGAAGUUGUCGCGUUCUUCCGCUCCGUCGUCGCUCACCGGCUCGCCGAGCGAACGCGACGCCCAAAAACUACACUCCUCUUCAAAUCCGACUUUAUCGACGACGCUGCUCAUCGAUCUGGACGCUGCCGACACGCAGGCCAUUUCCUGGUCCAGUUUACGGUCUCCAGCUCAUCCAGAUCCUUUUUUAAGUGUCCACGACAUUCCGGCGACGCAGUUUAGUUUAAUCGACGAGGAAACGCCGGUGAUUUGA